AUGAGGGGUUCAAAUGAAGGUGGUUCUGAUCGAUCCGGAUAUGGGUAUGAUCGAUCGACGACGAGUUCUGAUCGAGUUCUGAACGAUCUGAUUCGAGUUUGGCCGAGAGGUGAAGAGUCCAGAUCGAGCGGAUUAGUUCAGAGGAAUGAUCCGAGCGUUCAUGAAACGGUUAACUUACACCGUGGACGAGAAUCCAUCGACCAUGGUCAAGUAUUCGUUACUGCGAUCGAGGAUCGAUCGACUUGGAGUGGAGACAGUGUAGGAUUGGUGGUUGGUGUACAUGAAGAUUGUGGCAGUGCGGAGUCCAAUAUCCGGACGAGCGGAACAUGGGGCCGACCACAACAGGAACAAAGGUUCAAUCCUAUAUCUGCAUACGGCUAA